ACGGCCCACGCAAAGCUAUAAAAUUACAGCCGCGUCGCCUCACCGCGAUCACACACAAGCCUUGGGGCAUCGCAUCAUCGGUUUGCUUCGAAUCGCAAGCAAAAGAAGAAGAAAGGAAAAACACAAGCAAGGAAGGGCAAUGGCGCGGCGGGGCACGGAGGCGUUCCCGGAGCUGGGCGCGCACUGCGACAGGGAGGACUGCAACCAGCUGGACUUCCUGCCCUUCGACUGCGACGGCUGCGGCAAGGUGUUCUGCGCGGAGCACCGCACGUACAGGGGCCACGGCUGCGCGCGGGCGGCCGACCAGGGCCGCACCGUCGUCGUCUGCGAGGCCUGCGGCGACGCCAUCGAGCGCCCUGCCGCGGCAGGCGGCGGGAGGGAGAAGACGGACGCGGAGAUCCUGGAGGCGCACGCGCGGUCCCGCCGCGGCUGCGACCCGGCCAGGAAGCGCAAGCCGCGGUGCCCGGCGCCGCGGUGCAAGGAGACGCUGACCUUCUCCAACACCAGCGAGUGCAAGGGGUGCGGACAGAAGCUGUGCCUCAGGCACCGGUUCCCCGCGGACCACGCCUGCGCGCGCGUCUCGCCCGCGGGGGCCGCCGCCGCCGCGAGGAGGAAGGGCGCCGGCGCCUGCGCCCGCGACGCGCAGAAGAAGGACGGCGGGUGGACGCUGCCGCCGUUGAUCCGGAAUCUCAAGAUGUUCUAACUUCUCGGUUGUGCGGCUCCGGUGCCGUCCAUGGAUUGCCUUGCGCCCGCUGCCGGACUGCGGGGAUUCUUCGACUUCGAUGGACGAGCAGAAAAUGGAACAAAACAGAGCAUGUGGCCGGUCGCUCUCUCGGGUCGCCGGGAUAUGUAAUUUAACGAUCAUAUUUUUCAUUCCAAAUGAUUUGUUGUCGAUCAGUGGUCAAUGUUUUUUUUCGUGCAAUUGGUUACUCAAACGAAGACUCAACAUCCC